AGAUUUGACUUGUCCUUGGAACCUACACCUUUGGAAACUCACACACCACCACCACCGUUUUCAUCAAUUUCUUAUCUUUUCUCAUUCCCUUCUCUUCUUCCUCAACACACACAAAAUAUCUCUUCCAAUUUCAAUUUCUCGUCGUCCCUCAUCAUGGCUCGUCUCGCGAUCGCUGUCGCCGCCGUGCUCCUCGUGGCCCUCUCCGCCUCCACCGCGACGGCGCGUCCCUGCAGGACCUUCAUAAUCUCCUCCUACUCGUUCCGCAACCCUAACUCCAACACCUUCGCCACCAUCACCGAGAUCCGAUCCUUCACCCCUCUCUACAUCACCGACAAACCCACCGGCAAACCCUCCUCCUCCUACGACCUCUUCUUCCCCCACGCGACUCACCUCCCUGAGCCCGAGCGCGUGAACCCACGCGCUCCCCUAGGGUUCGCCUCCGCGUACGAUUUCUCCUCCCUCCGCGACCGCACCAAGGACAUCCUCAGCGUCGCCCUCGCCCUCCUCUUCGGUGUCGGCUGCGGCGCCCUCACCGCCGCCACCAUGUACCUCGUCUGGUCCGUCUUCUCCACGCGCCACCCCACCGCCGCCUUCGACGACUUCUCCUCCGACGAAGACGAGAUCGAGAGCCCCAAGAAGCUAGGCUACGUCAAGAUUCCUGCCACCGAGACCACCGCUGCUGUCUCCACCGCUCCGGCGCCGGCCAAGGGCUCGGUAUGAGAAUGUGUCCUCCGUAACCGUAUGGUUUUCUAUGUUGAUUGUUAAUAAUUAUUAUAGGUGAAUUGAAUAGUGAAAGUGUCAAAUGGUGCAAACUUUGGCCCUGUAUCUGCGUUUAUGUUUACUUUUUAAUUUGAUGUAUUUGCGUUUUUUAGUUCUAAUUGGCAACUCUUGGUGUUUAUUAUGGUGUUGGUUUCCUGUGUUGAUUGUUUGCAAUGCUGAAACCUUGGAUAUGGAAUUGAUCGUGAUAUAUAUAGUAUCAUUUAUUUUAUUGUCA